UCGACGAAUGGCCGUCGAUGAGCAAUGUCAUUUCGUACCUCUUGCUAUAUCUUAGUCACGAAAUCAAGUUUUAAUAAAAUUUAAAUUAUAAUAAUCAAAUUUUUCGAUACAAAAUUAAAGCAUGUCGUAUCCAAAACAAAUUUCUUACGUGGAUUCGAAUUUCGUGAUUUUUGCCGUGGAGAAAGUAAAGAAUAGUGUAUGUGAUUCGAUUAUUCUGAGAUCUUGAGCCAACCGCUAGUGCUAUAGUUUGACAAAGUGAAAUAAUAAAAAUAUAAGAUGUGGAAGUGUUUACAGUGCCUUAUAGCUUUUUGUACAUUACUGAUGACGUCCGUUCAAUGUCAAUAUGCCGGCGCUACCUGUGUGAUACAUGGUGAUAAUCAACCGGGCGUUUGUCUACCUCUAAAAGAUUGUAUUCCACUGGUGAAAGAGAUAAAAAGAAGCGGCACUUCCAUAUCAUCGCAAUUAAGGAGAAAAUUACAGUCUCUUUCCUGCGGCUUUGACCAUGAUCUUCCUUUAGUUUGCUGUAGCGCUAUUACUAAUGAUAGAGAUGAUAGUUCCGGUAAUGCCGGUAACAAGAACGGUAAUAAUAAAUAUAAUGAUAGCCCGUCUGAUGUGAGCAGACAUCAGAACCUCGGUCUACUGCCAACACAGUGCGGAAGUAUCGAAAGUGAUAGAAUAUUUGGUGGAAACAAGACGCGACUAUUCGAAAUGCCUUGGAUGGUACUAAUUGCAUAUGAUUCAGCACGUGGAACAAAGUUGAGUUGUGGCGGUACACUCAUCACCGAGUGGUACGUGUUGACGGCCGCACAUUGCGUCAGCUUUCUAGGGCCACGGCUGACGCUGACGGGCGUCGUUCUCGGCGAAUAUGACGUCAGGAGGGACCCCGACUGCGAAAGAGUCGAAGGCGAGCUGAAUUGUGCUCCAAGAUCAAGGAAUGUGACCAUCGACAGUGUGAUAGCACACCCGGGCUACACUCCGCAGUCUCUGGUCGACGAUAUAGCAUUGGUGAGACUGUCAGAACGGGCUGACUUUUCUUUAGAUAGCAUGAAGCCGUUAUGUUUACCGACAACACGAGAACUACAAAGAGAGUCGCUAGAUGGUUUAAAAGGAGUGGUCGCUGGCUGGGGAGCUACGGAGGAAGGGCUUCAAUCUCCAGUGCUGCUCAGCGUCGAUCUACCCAUUGUUCCUAGAGAGGAAUGUCAAGCGGUUUAUAAUGGAUCUCCUAAAAUUCAAGCGACUCAGUUGUGCGCGGGUGGAGUUCAGGAUAAAGAUUCUUGCGGUGGCGAUUCCGGUGGUCCACUCAUGUACCCCGGCAGGACUGUGGCCGGCGUGAGGUACGUGCAACGUGGAAUAGUAUCGUAUGGAUCCAAGCGUUGCGGCGUUGGCGGCUUCCCCGGCGUUUACACAAAUGUAGCCUACUACAUGGAUUGGAUUCUAGACAACAUGAGCAGUUAAGUUCUAAGUAAAACAACUUGAUUCUAAUGUCUAACGGAUGUUAGUGGUGACUGAUGUCUUCAUUAUUUAGCUUGUAGAUUGUACAAUACAACUAUUUUUUUAGUUAUUUAGUACAACACAACUAUGCUAAGCUAUAACUAAAAAAAAUCAUCUAAUAACAAAUAAUACUCAAAUCAUGCCAAAUGUAUUUAGAAAUAUUGCCUUAUUAUACCUAUUUAAAAAUCGAGAUUUUUUUACUUACCCAAAGUCAAAGUUACCCUUGAGUCAAAGGUAACUUUGACGUCACAUAAAUUUAGUGGUAAAGGUAUUACAGUAUUAAAACUAAAAAAGCCAGUUUGCUAUGCACAUGUACUUUAAUAGAAAAAAGAAAAUGAAGAGCGUCGGUGGUGUAGGGGUUAAGCAUUGUGGGCCUAGCACGAAUAUUCGUAAAAACGUUUUCUGAUAGACCCUCUGGACUUGAAUAUUCAGGUCCGGGGUAUGAUUUCGAGUUAAAAUUCCACUGCAGUGACAAUUGUACUAAUAUAUUAUUGCCAUCCCUUUCAUUAUCUUUGACAAAACAGAGAUAGUACAAUAUGUGUUUUAAUAACAAAAGUUAUUGUGAAGAAAAACGGAUGAUAUUACAAUGAUGCAAUCUUGAUAUAUUUGCAGGAAAAUUCAAAGAUGCGCAAUGAAGUUAAUCAAUUCGCACUGUGCUAGUGUAGUUGGCUAAGAGUAUGGGAAAUGCAUAAGUUGUUCUCGCUCUGACGCAACAGCCGAGCGUUGUUCGUACAAUUCCGGCUUAUGUCUAAAUUAGCCCUAAGGCCGAGUCAACUUAAAUUAAGGUCGAACACCUCAGUGUCUCCAUCUACUGUAUCUUAGCUGACGACCAUUUAUACUUUGAUAAGUGUAAACUAUUAUUUUUAUAUUAUUGUACUCUUUUUAAAUCUAAACAGAUGACGUCACGGCCUCUAGCUACAAUAGUUGGAGUAAU